UUAGAGGCUGAAAACAGGAAAAAAAAAUAUUCUGAACUAAUGGACUGCAGACACAGUACAGGAGAUGACCAGAGACUGCGGACACAGUACAGGAGAUGACCAGAGACUGCGGACAUAGUACAGGAGAUGACCAGAGACUGUGGACAGUACAGGAGAUGACUGCUGACCUUUGGGGAGGUGGGGGGAGCGGGUACCUGAAUUUGACAGGUACCCGCUUUUACUUCUUUGACCUUACCUGUUCCUCUAUCCAGCCGUGCGCUGUCUUCCCGGCUUCUGUAGUGUCAGUGCUCGGCAUGACAGCCGGGUGCCCAAUGCGCAUGAGCGAGAAGCGCUGCGCUUUGUGAUUGGUUCGGCGGCUGCUUCUGGGACCUCUCAU